AUGUUUUUAGAUUUUAUUAUUAUUAAAGUGAUUCUUCAACUAAAAAUAAUAUUUCGAUAAAAUAAUAAAAUAUUAAUCUAUUUAAAAAAUAAAUAUGGAAUUAAAAUAAAUUUUUAUUUUAAAAAUAAAAAUCAAUUUACCUUUUUUUUUAAAGAAAAUUAAUAAUAUAUUUAUCUAAAAAAAUAUUUUAAAAAUAAAUUUUUCCAUUCCUAUAAUAAAAAGAUUAAAUUCUAAAAUAUUAAAAAUGAAAAAAUAAACAUCAUCCUCUUCUUCUUCAUCAAUAGACGAUAUUCCAUUAAAAAGAUACAAAUAUAACAAUUAAAAAAUAGAACAAAAUAGAUAAAUAAACUACGAUAUAUUAACAAAAAGCAAGAAUAUGCAUAUUCAUUAGGAUAUUUUAUUAAUGAUUUAUGUUCAGCAUGUUGGUUUAAUUUUUAUUUGUAUUUGCUUAAAUAAGUCUUUUAAUUAUAAUAUGCAUCUUUCUCAAUGUUAUCUGGGUAAAUAUUUGAUGCAUUUACAUCACCUUUAGUUGGUUAUUUAUCUGAUAAAACAAAUACUAAAUUUGGUAAAAGAAUUCCUUGGUAUAUUUGUGGAUUAAUAGUAUUAUUUAUAUCCUUUUUUCCUAUAUUUCACAGAUAUAUACCUAUUGAUAUAAAUACUAAUUUUUAAUAUAAUACUAAUUUAUAGUAUUUUUAUUUUAUUUUUUUUCCUUCUUUUUUUAACAUUGGUUGGUCUUGUAUUUAAAUUUCGCAUAUGUCUUUAUUACCAUAACUUACUUGUUCUAGAAUAAAAAGGGAUAAAUUAAAUAAUUUGCGAAUUACAUUUACUUUUGUUGCUAAUUCAAUUAUUUUUAUAUGUGGUUUGUUUAUAUUUUAGUUUUUGUAAGAUUAUAAUUAUGAUUUUGAGGUUAUAGGGUAUAUAGUUUUAUUUUUAGGCGGGUUUUUUUCUAUUUUGUUUCUUUUUAAUAUAAAUGAAAGGAAACUUUCGGAAGGAUGUGAUGAGAAAAUUGUUUUAAUUAAAUAUUUUUUAUAAUAAAAUAAACGAACUUUAAACUAAACUACUGUUUUUGAUGAAAAUAAGGAAUAAGAAGAAUAUUAUUAAUGGUUCUAGUGGAUGAAACAAAAGGAAUAUUACCGAUUUGGAUUUAUAUAUAUAGGAUGUAGGUUAUAUUGUAAUAUAAUAUCAACUAUGUUAAGUUUUUACCUUAUUAAUGUAGUUUAGAUUGCUACAUAGGAAGAAAUUGUUAGCAAAACACCUAUAGAAAUCGCUCAGAGUCCCUUUAUUAUUAUAUAUUACUAGUACUAUUUCAUCAACUUUUUUACCAAAUAUAUAAAAGGCUUUAGGGAAAAAACAAGCGUUUACAGUAGGCUAAAUAUCAAUGUUUUUUUCAGCAUUUUUAUUAAGUAUAACAAGUAAUAAGACAGUAUUCUUAGUUUAUUUUAUAGCCAUUUUUACUGGGAUUACAAAGGCAAUUAUUCUUAAUAUUUCAAUAACACUGAUUUCUGA